UCGUUAGAGAAGUGUAUUAAUUUCAUCAAAAUGACAGCUUUCGAAGAGUUCGGAGUGCUUUCUGAAUUAGGAAAAGCAAUUGAAGAAAUGGACUGGACGUUACCAACCGAUGUUCAAGCCGAAGCUAUACCCUUAAUCCUCGGUGGUGGAGACGUGCUUAUGGCUGCUGAAACUGGUAGUGGGAAGACUGGAGCGUUCUGCUUACCAAUUCUCCAGAUAGUAUGGGAAACUUUAAAAGAUAUACAAGAAGGAAAAACUAGUAAAGUAAUACAGCAAACGUCUUCCGAAUGGACGAUGUCGUUCUUCGAUCGUACAGACGCUUUAGCGGUGACGCCAGAUGGCUUGAGGUGCCAGUCGCGUGAUCAGCAAGGCUGGCAUGGUUGCAGGGCCACAAAGGGUGUGCACACCAAGGGAGCUUAUUAUUAUGAAGCUACUGUAACUGAUGAAGGACUGUGUAGAGUUGGUUGGGCUACGCAGGCAGCAAGAUUAGAUCUGGGCACAUGCAGAUUUGGUUAUGGUUUUGGAGGAACAGGCAAGAAGUCUAACAACAAGUGUUUUGAUGACUAUGGCUCUGCUUUUGGCAAAAAUGAUGUUAUAGGUUGCCUCCUCAACUUGACCAAUGGAGAGAUUCGCGACACAAAAAAUGGUGAAGACCUAGGCUGCGCUUUUAAAUUGGAUCAAUCACGACGUAGUGACUGUUAUUUUCCUGCUGUGGUGCUCAAGAAUGCUGAAAUGAGCUUCAACUUUGGCAGCACCCCUUUUAAGCACACUCCACCAAAAGACUAUAUACCGCUCUGCCAGGCCCCCAAAGAGUUUGUCAAGCAAAAUGUUGUAUCGGCUGUCAGCGCCACUGAUCUGAAACCAGUAAAUAAUGCACCACAGGCCAUCAUUAUAGAGCCGUCUCGGGAGUUAGCAGAGCAAACAUGCGUCCAAAUAACAAAAUUCAAGAAGUACCUCGAAAACCCGCAAGUGCGUGAGUUGCUUGUGGUGGGAGGCAUUAAUGUGAAGGACCAAAUCAACCAGCUGAAUGCUGGCGUUGAUAUUGUCGUUGGCACGCCCGGGAGGUUAGAGGAUCUUAUUCAGGGAGGUUACCUAGCAUUGACUCACUGCCGUUUCUUUGUACUGGACGAAGCAGACGGACUUCUAAAAGCAGGGUAUGGUGAGAUGAUCGAGCGCCUUCACCGACAGAUACCCAAAAUAACAUCUGAUGGUCGCCGUCUACAGAUGGUGGUUUGUUCAGCCACCUUACAUGCUUUUGAAGUUAAGAAAAUGGCGGAAAAACUAAUGCAUUUCCCGACAUGGGUGGACUUGAAAGGCGAAGACGCGGUGCCAGAGACCGUGCAUCACGUUGUCGUCAUCGCAGACCCGCAGAAAGAUCGAUCCUGGGAGACACUGCGCAGCCACGUGCAAACCGACGGUGUGCACGCAAAAGACAAUAUUCGUAGUGGCAAUACUACACCCGAAACACUUUCCGAAGCCGUCAAGAUCCUGAAGGGAGAAUACGUUGUUAGGGCCAUUCGGGAACACAAGAUGGAUAGGGCCAUAAUCUUCUGCCGUACGAAACUAGACUGUGACAACCUGGAGCGUUACCUCAAGUCAUUCGGCAAUGAAUUCACAUGCGUGUGCCUACACGGUGAUCGCAAGCCGAACGAACGCAAAGCCAACUUGGAGAAAUUCAAGCAGGCUCAAGUCAAGUUCCUCAUUUGCACUGACGUUGCGGCUAGGGGUAUUGAUAUUAAUGGCCUGCCGUUUAUGAUCAACGUAACUCUGCCUGACGAAAAAUCUAACUACGUACAUCGCAUUGGCCGCGUUGGUCGCGCCGAGCGUAUGGGUCUCGCCAUCAGCAUCGUGUCAUCAGUGCCGGAAAAGGUGUGGUACCACGGCGAAUGGUGCUCGUCGCGCGGACGUAAUUGCUGGAAUACGAAUCUGAUCGAUGACAGACCCAAGGGUUGUUGCAUGUGGUACAACGAACCUCAAUACCUGGCAGACAUCGAAGAUCAUCUGAACAUCACAAUCCAACAAGUGGAACCCGACAUGAAGGUGCCGUGUGACGAGUUCGACGGCAAGGUUGUCUACGGUGAGAAGAGGAAGCAACUCGGUUCUGGAUACCAGGACCACGUAAGCCAGAUGGCGCCAGUUGUCCGCUCGCUGCAAGAGCUCGAGUCGCAAGCGCAGCUCUACUACCUCAAGUCGUAUCAUAACGUUAGUAUUGGAGCAACAUAAUAUCAUACACUAAUUUGUUGUUUCAAUUAAAAUGUCAUUAUUAUAAGAUUCUUAUUUA